AUGUUCUACAUACCGUCAGCACGACGAUGGCUUGUACUCACACUCGUCGCUCUCCUCCUGCUCGUUUAUACAAGGACUCUCCAGCGCCAGCACCCGUCUGCGAGCUCUCUCCUUCACGCUGCACUGCGAACCUACACCCAAAGAGACACACAGUUCACUCUCAUCAAUGUCACCACCCACCAUGGCACCGACAAAGUAUUCCUUGAGAAACAUCUAACUCGCCCUAUUCCUGCGGCCCACCCGCUCAUCGCAUCCUUCCAGACAAACUCGACAGCCACAUUCAACCCCGUCACGCAUCACGUCCGUCUGCAAAAUAUCCUGUACAAGAUCAGCCUGACGGCGCCGGGCAGCACUCACGAUCCCAAUGCGCGCUUCUUCAAUCCAGCCAUCAUCCCGUUGCCGCACUGGUCCUCAAGCUGUCCAGGUGCACCCAAGUACAUCCUCGUCUCGCGUUUAGUCACCGCAGGAUUCCACCAAGAAUCGCACAUUUGUCUGGCAGACAUUUGCGUACCUGAGAAUGAGUCCAAUACCGACAACAGAGCUUGCACAUCCGAUGACAUCGCCCUCCUCGGCACACACGGCGGCAUGCGAUGUACUUCGCCGCCUAUCGCGCUGAACAUCCCGCCCACACCAGCCGAGAAGUGCGACGGCGCGUGGACGGCCUUCCCUGAUAUUCCGGGGUUCCACGACCCACGGAUCUUCUGGUCUGGCAAAGGCGAGCCUUUGAUCCUUGUUAACAGCGCUAGUCGCUACGGGUGCGUGGGAUUGUGGAUCGUGGACUUGCGUACAUUGUUCCCUGAGCUCGACGCCAUUCUCGCCCGCGGACGUGCAGCACAGCCUGGCACAGGCCCACUAAUGAGCUACUCUCAUCUCACUGAGAUUACGCGCAAUCCUUGGUCGAGUCGCUCAAGCGUCGAGAAGAAUUGGGUCAUGUGGUUCCCAAACAGGGACGACGCGUAUGUACACUACGAUAUGCUUGAACAUGUGCCCGACAAGAACAGCACCGCCAGCACAAGGAAGAAUGAGACCAAAAUAGGGACAAGGACACGUUUGCAAGGCGGAAGAACGUUCGCGAAAUUGAUAGGGAAUGGCUUCACAACGACAAACCUGACGCAUCCUGAUGAAUUACCGUGUCUUAGCUCGGGACUUGAUAUGGUCACCGACGCGGAUAACCUUGGGAACACAGGACAUUGGCAUCAGGGGUCCAAUGCCCUUCGACUCAUACUGUGCACGCGAGCGCAGGCGAGGAGCGGAACCUGUGACGAAGAGGAUGCAGUCGAGGAUGGGAGGUCUGUUCAUGUCGCCGUGAUGCACCGCAAGUUCAGCAACAAGAUAGACUUGCCAUUGCGGUAUGAGCGGUACGGGGUGGUGUGGGACGGUCGGCCGCCGUUCCAAGUAUUGACUGUUAGUCGGUGGCCAAUCUUGACGCGUAAUGAGCGAGCCAAGCCCUGGACUGUUGCUGAGAACUGGCCAGAAGAGAACACUGGCUGGAAUGGGACGGAUAUGGGGACGAUGCUUGCAAAGAGGAUGAAGGCUGGUCGAGGACAUGCUUCGGGUGACACUGGUGAUUUCAGAACUGAGGCAUCUUUCACGUACACGCCGAGUUUGGCAUGGGCGUGGAGUCCUCAUUCUGCUGGGAUAGGCGAUGAGGGUGAAGAACAGGAUGAUGUUGAGACCAUGGCGCGUUUAGGAGUGGGAUACCUGGGUGAUGAGCUAUUGGUGGGCAUUGGGCUGGACGAUGUGAGACAGGCUUUUGCAAAAAUCAAGGUUGACGACCUCUUGCAGUGUAUGAGGUUGUGUCCUAGCGUCAAAGUCGGUGACAACAGGACGUGA